UAGUAAGCAGCAGCAGCAGCAACAGAUUGAAGUUGGAGAAAAUGAUAUUCUAAAUAUGGUAGCAGCUGCAGUUCAUGUAGAAGAACUAGUUCUACCAAAACUGAACACUAAUGUCGCUAAGGAAGAUGAAAAUCCAGAACUAGAAGAAGAAGAUGAAGAUGAACAUUCAUUACCAUCAUCGUCGUCGUCAUCAGAUCAGAGAAGUGUUUGCUUUGACGAAAUCAAAGGAAUCUGGAAGUGUCGACAUUGCACUUGGACCUACCGAAUGGAAAGUUGUUCUUCUAAGACUAAGAUUGAUCAGCAUAUUCAGAAUCCUAAGGGACACUUCCACAGGACGACGGAUAUGGAAACACUAAGUCGGCAGGAGUACUGUUUUGUUGAUUUAGAAAGGAAAGCUGCUGUUUCCACUGGCAAUGGUACUAAUAGGACAAAUGAGAUAGGGUCUCCAUCUGCCGAGCAUUCCACUGCUGGGAAUGCACCAACCAAAGAUGAAUUAGAGGUUGAAGUGAGUAGCCCAAACGCUGAAAAGAGUCUGGUUAAUGGAACAAAUCUCCACGAGACUCUAAUAAAUGAAGUAGAGCAAACUGGUUUUCAUGUUGAAAGUCCUUUAGAAAAUGGGUAUUCGAAUGUCAAACUUGUCGGUAAUAAGCAUGUACAAUUUGGAGAAGUUGAAGUGAGUAAUACAGAAGAAGUAAUUGAAUGGGAUGUUGAGAGAGUAAUAGAAGAGCAGGAGACACAUGAUCUGAUCUGUCCUAACUGUAAAGCCUGCAUUACGAAGAGGGUUAUCUUACGCAAAAGGAAACGAUCAGUGCCCAUUACUGAAGAUACUAGAGAACCUAAGAAAUUUGGAACCCCGACUAGAUCGAUUUUGAAAACUGAUCCUUCUAUCAGUUCAAGUAACAGUCAAGGUCACUAUGCAGGUGCUAUCCCUGGUGCACCUGACACCAAUGAAAGAAGAAAUGAUGUUUUCCGAUGCUUCUCGUGCUUCAGCUUUUUCAUUCCAACAGUGGCUGGUUUUAGGUUAUUUCGGUGUUUUGGAUUUGAUGAUGAAGAAAGUCUUUCGAUUUCGCAGCCUACACCUUCACCAAAUCAGGGAACCCGAUUGCCUAAAGAAGUGAAAUUGGUGGGCGAAGUGCCCCGAGACGGUAAAAGAACAGCAGAUUCAGAUGCCAAGAACGAGUCUAUUCCAUCACUGUCGACGACAUUUCCAUUCCUGGAACCAGCUCACGGGAAUGACCAAGUGAAGGAUGCAAUUGGGGAAAUAGAGGUGGAAGAGCAAAAUGUUAUAGUUUCACCCUUGCAAGGAGCUACUACUAUGGAAGAAAUUCAGAGAGACACAACGGAGAACCUCAAGAGUAGCAGGAAAGAGAUCGAUGGAGGCAAAUAUUCCAAUACUCCUAACGAAGUGGAUGGCAAAGGUAUUCUGACCUUGUCUGAAAAUGAUGCUUUGCUGCUUCGAGACAGACGAGAUGGCAUUGGAGGAGCAGAACAUGUACCUAUCAAGAAUAUUCCAGGGGGCGAUGUGAUACUUGAUAUUGUAGACGCGCCAAAAGGAUCAGGUUAUUCACCUAGUGUGCAACUCAACAUUGUUCCAGCUGCUCCAUUAGUUCCACCAGCCAGGGGAACUGAAUCCUUAGCAAAUGAACAAGGAAGUGUUACAGCUACAAGAUCCCGUGAAUGGGAUAUCUUAACAAGCAUUGUAUACGGUGGGUUAGUUGAGGCUAUUACGAGUUUGGGUGUUGUUUCAUCUGCAGCUGGUGCUGAUGCCACCACGUUGAAUAUAGUAGCUCUGGGAAUGGCGAGUCUUGUGAGUGGACUUCUCGUUAUUAUUCAUGGGCUUGGGGAACUGAAAAGUGACCAACAUGAAAGGGUCACUGAAGUGGAAGAUGAAAAAGUUGAUCGAUAUGAAGAAUUACUUGGACGUAGACGUAAUUUUCGAAGGCAUGCAAUAGUUGUGGUGCUAUCAUACCUAGUUUUUGGGCUAUUGCCUCCCAUCAUUUAUGGCUUCUCAUUCCGCAACAGCAAUAACAAAGAUUACAAGAUGUUGAGUGUUGCAGCUGUUUCUUUGAUAUGCAUCAUUUUACUUGCUAUUGGGAAGGCACAUACCCAUCGACCACCACGGAGUAAUUCAUCUUACAUUAAGACCACAUUGUACUUUGUCAGCAUCGGAUUGGCGGCCUCAGGUCUUUCUUUCGUCCUCGGUGAGGUGGUUAAGAAAUUGCUGGAGAAGUUUGCUGUGUUGGAACCAAAUGCAUCCUUUUCACCUUCCGCACCGUUGUCAUCUUUUCUGCUUGGUCAAACUAUACCAUGGAUAGCAGAAUCAUCAGCCUGGGCAUCGUAUUGAUUGACAGGAAUUCUGAGAUAGUUGAUCAGAAUAUGGUCCAGCAGAUUUUGUGCUGAAGGAAGAAGUUUCUGUUUUCGGUUGAUAAAUGUCACUCGUUUUCUUAUACUUAAUUUUGUGUUUUUGUUCUUUUUUUUAUUAAGAGAGAGGAACUCGCAAGAUCGAUGUGAGGCUUGUUAUAUCGUUGCUGCUUUUAAUUAAGAACCAUAAUAUUGGGCAUACCAAAA